AGCUAACUACCAUUAAAGCAAGAGCAUCAUUGUUGGUCUAGCUACCUCCAGGCACUUUGUAUAAACUUUUUAUCCGUUAUUGUUGAAGUAAUUCCACAAAAAUGGAAGACAAAGCAAAUUCUGGCAGUACUGCAGUCGAAGCUGCUGAAAAUCCAACGGCUCCGGCGAAGAAACCAUCAAAGAGCAAAUCGAAGGCACAACGUGAGAAGGCAUCUCAUCCUCCAACCUCUGAGAUGGUUAACGCUGCUAUCAAGGAGUUAAAGGAUCGCAAAGGAUCGUCUUUGCAGGCGAUAAAAAAAUAUAUCGCCUCCACUUAUAAAGUCGAUGGGGAAAAAUUUGCCCCGUUCAUCAAAAGAUAUUUGAAAUCCGCCGUGACAUCUGGCACUGUGGUUCAAACAAAAGGCAAAGGAGCAUCUGGAUCUUUUAAGCUUUCUACUGGAAAGAAUUCUGAGAGUUCGAAGACCAAGAAAGUUCCACAUCCAACAAAGAAAUCUGUACCGAAAAAGACACAGUGGGUCGAAAAAAAGACUGUUUCUAAGAAAACUGCUCCCGCUAAGAAGCCAGCAACACCAAAGAAAGCUGCUGUCGAAAAGAAACCAGCACCAGCAAAAAAGAGCGCAUCCAAGGUAGCUGCAGCAAAACCUAAAGCUGCUUCUGAAGCCAAAAGCAUGUCAAAAGCUAAAAAGACUGCUAAGGCACCAGCAGCUAAAACCAGGACUCCUAAACCGAAGAAAGCUGCGGCACCAAAAACAGUCAAGUCACCAGCAAAAAAAUAAUUAUUUUUAAAUACUAUCCACUACAUCCAAAUGGCCCUUUUCAGGGCCACUAAA